AUGGAGCCCUCAGAAGACGACAACGGGGCCAACGAUGAACAGCCAGAGGCGGCCGUGUCACUCAAAGCUUGCUUCAGCCAAGGUCUGAAGCACCUGCAUCACCGGCCGGAGCUCUGCGAUGCCACCUUGAUUGCUGGAGGGAAGAGGUUCCCUUGCAACAGGGCCCUCCUGGCCGCCAUCAGCCCCUACUUCCAGGCCGUCUUCUCCAGCGGCUUCAAGGAGUCCCGGGAUGGGGAGGUCCUUCUGGAGGACAUGGACCCCGCGGUCCUCCAGAAUCUCCUGGGCUACCUCUACUCGGGGGAGCUGGCUUUCAGUCCCGCCGGCGCUGAGGACCUCUUCAUCGCGGCCAGCCGGCUCCAGCUCAGCCCAGCGCUGACGCUCAUCAGCAGAUUCCUGACGGAGAGGAUUUCCCCGGAUAACUGCCUUCGCCUUUACACGCUGGGCCAUGAUCACAACCACCCCGCCUUGCUGCAGGGGGCGCUGCGCUACCUGGGCCUCCAUUUUGGCCUCCUCUUUGAACACCAGGAUUUCCUGCAGCUCGACCUGAGGGCCCUGACCUGCCUCCUCUCCUCGGACCACCUGGCGGUGGCCUCAGAGAUGGAGGUGUUCCAGGCUGUGCAGCGGUGGGUGAGGGCCGAGCCCAGCGGGCGCCUCCCGCUGCUGAAGAUGCUGCUGGGGUGUGUCCGUUUCCCACUCCUGUCCCAGGAGGAAGUUGCCCAGGUGCAGGCGGAGACUGAGCUGCUGGGUCAGCAGCUGGAGGUCCGGUGGCAGGACCUGGAUGGAGCAGGGAGGCUGCAGGCAAGCGGGGGGCUCCGCCAGGGCAUGUACCAGGAGACGAUUGUCUGCAUCAAAGUGCCCCGUUUGAGGGACAUCCUCUCGGUCAGCCAAGACAUGGACUGCUACAUGGAGUGCCUGAAUCCGGCCACCGGAUCCAGGAUGAAGCUGCCAGCCUUGGAACUGGUGGCUCUCCCCGGCUGCUCCGUGCUGGAGCACAGGCUCUACAUCUCCGGAGGGAAACACGCCGAUGGUUCCUAUUCCUGUGCGCUGCAUGAGUACAACUCUCUGGCCGACCGCUGGACCCAGCUCCCCGCCAUGUCAACACCCCGCUCCGUCCACAUGUUCUUGACCUGCAAGCAGAAGCUUUUCGCCUUGAGCGGCUGGAACGAUGCCGGCCCCCUGGCCUCGGCCGAGAGCUUUGAUGUGGCCCAGCAGCUGUGGGCCUCCAUCGCCAGCCUGCCCAUCAUCCUGCGCUUCUCCGCCUCCGUGCCGUACAAAAACAAGCUCUACUUAAUAGGUGGCGACGCCGACUCCGAUGAAGUGGUCUACAAGGGCCUCCUUAUCUACGACACCCACCUGGAUACUUGGGCGCAGGUGCCGUUCGAGUUUAGCCUCCACGGGGCGGCCGCUGUCACCAUGGAGACCGGGAUCUGUGUCAUCGGGGGCUUCUUUUCCAGGAAGGUCACCCAACCGUACCCCAACCGGAGGUUCAGCCAGCUUCUUCCUUGCGUCUCAAAAUGUUUCUUCAUGCAGGAAGAUGGCAUCAUAAGCCGAGAGGUGGCCAUCCCUUCCCUGCCCGUGCCCCUGGCCUUUGCCGGGGCCACUUCCUUUCAAGGGAGGGUUUACGUCAUUGGCGGCGUCUGCACAUCCAGAACCCACGACGCCAUUUACCACUGGCAACCCGGCGAAGCCGCCUGGACCCAGCACUCCGAGAACCUCACCAGCCAAGGAACGAUUGUGCGCAGGGUGCUCAAGUGUGUGACCCUGAAGGUGCCCAUAGCCCAGCUGAGGGCCCUCAUGCAAGAGACCACAGCAAGCCUGGCGGCCGUGGGCAUAGCAGGCCCCCAGCUUUCCUUGGAGAAGAAGGGAAAGGAAAGGGAGCCUGCACGGCUGGCCCAACUCCAGGCCUCCCAAGGGACCCACUGGGGACUUGGAGCCGCCUUCCAUUCCAAGGGCAGGCAGGAUCACAAAGGCAGCCACCCCAACCUGGCGGAUCAAAGCACCUCCAGGCCCCUGGAGAGCCAGCCGGCAGGAGAGGCUCCGGGAACAGAGAAGCCAAUCCUGGCUCAGCUGGGAUGCAGGAGAGAGGUGGGUUGCCAUAGCAACGGCGGGCGGGCGGGCGGGCAGGGGACCGCGGAGGACGGACGGGCGCCGGGAGAGCAGCCCGGGGUGGACGGGGCGCGGGCCGGCAUGGCCGAGGGGAUCCCCGCCUGCGGGCUCCUCUACGACACCUCCUCGCUGCUGCAGUUCUGCGACGAUGACAACCUGUCCGGCCUCAGCGGCAUGGAGGUGGACGACCGCAUCUCCUACCUGGAGCAGCGCCUGCAGCUGCAGGGGGACGAGAUCCAGGUGCUGAAGGCAGCCCUGGCCGACGUCCUGCGGCGCCUGAGCGCCUGCGAGGAGAACGGGCUCAACCUCGCCAAGCGCAGACCCGACAAAGUUUACCAGCUGCUGCGGGGGCUCUCCUCCAGGCCCCCCCUGAGCAAUGGGCCCGUCCCGCACAGGAGAGGCUACGCCACCUCCCCCUCGUCCCCCAAGAGGGAAGUCCUUACUGGAAAAAGCGGGCACAGUAGCUGCCCCUCGCCGGAGCUCAAGCGCGAGAGCUUCAAGGACCAGAGGAGCCACCCCACUUCCUCCAGCAGCUCCUGCAGCGGCAAACGCGAAGGGCCAGAGGUACAAGCCCCCACCCAGCGGCAGCCCACUUCAGCCCCCCAUGCUCUGCGUCCGGCCUAUGUCGGGGACCCCCCUCAUUAA